AUGGAAGAAGAAAAAGAAGCUACAUCCUUUGAGCAGCCAGUAUUAGUUGAAGAACCAUUGGACUUGGUUCGACUUAGUCUUGAUGAGAAGGUUUUUGUUAAAAUGCGACACAAUCGCGAGCUGACUGGUACCCUACAUGCAUUCGAUUCUCAUCUCAAUCUUAUCCUCGGUAACGUCGAAGAAACAAUUACCACACUGGAAUUAGUUGAAGAAACAUUCGAGGAAAUUUACAAGACUUCUAAGAGAAAGAUCCCUCUCCUUUUUGUUCGUGGAGAUGGCAUCGUUCUCAUCUCUCCACCUCGAUCUGAACAAUAA